AUGUUCUUGCUUGAUGUACUUGCUGGCUGGCCAGGUUCUGUUCAUGACUCGAGAGUGCUUAGAAAUUCUGGUCUUUAUGAAAAUGCUGCAAAUAAAUUCCCAGGAGACUCGUACCUGUUGGGAGAUGGAGGCUAUCCUUUGCUAAGGUUCUAAAAAGAAUGACAUAAUAUUUAUUUUUGGAAGUCUUAGCCUAUUUUGAUGCUCAAUAAACCUUGCGGGUACUAUCGUCUGGUACAAGAGCCCUAAAUACUUAUUAACCCUUUCCCGACAGACCGGUUUCGCAUUACAUUUCGAUUCAAUUUUUCUAAUAUAAAUAUCUCGGCGAGUAUUUACCCCCUUUUAAAUAAAUGCCACCAUUGAAAUCCUCAUAAAAUAACCUUUCGAACGGGGGGUCAAAUGCCGUCAAAACAUUACACAAAGCGAAACAAUCAUAUAUUUACUCACCGCUUGGCCAAAGAUUCUAAAUUUCACAUCCACAAGAUCUUGAAUACCCCUUGAACUUUUCGUCAUUUGCUAAACGGCUAUACGUGUAAAAUACUCUCUGUAUUCAAGCGCUUUCGUGUAGAAAGUUUCGUAUGUAUACGCCGACUAGAAAUAUUUAUUUUGAAUUUUUCAAGAUAUCGGGUUUUACUCGCACUUGCGUACAUUGCGCAAUAAUUGGCCAAUAAGAAGCUCCUUUGGCCGGGAUGAUGUCAAACUCGCGCGUGUAGGUGCAAUUUGACCUUGCGAAUCCAUUUCUGGCCUUUCCAGGGUCAUACGAUACAAACGCCGCAUUGUUUUGACGGUUUUCGGUCGUAUUUCCGGUUGGGAUUAAUUCACUUCGAGCUCACAGUCGGACAAGAAAUGAUAAAAGAUACAGAUUUGUACAGUCAGGGUUGCAAAUAACACUCCAGAAACACUAUUUAAUGGGGAUUCGAACAAGACUAUUACAAAGACGAUAUGUUCGAUGGGGCCGAAGUUAUUUUCGGUGAAAGGUAUGGCUAGUCUAUAAUAAUCUGUAUUUUUGUUCAGACAAUUGCAUAAUUUGAUACAAUAUGAUCGUUUUGACUUUCAAAGGCCCAUAAAUCAUUACAAUACUAAUAAUGACUAUAACUAUCAUUUGGAACUAGUUGAUAUUUUAUUUCUGAAUCGAAUGGUGGUAUUUCUGUCUUCAUAGCAUGCACUGAACCGAAAGUAUGAGAUUUCGAGCCGCGAACUGGGCCCUGUUGAGAAAGAGUUAAAGGAUUCGUUUUUAUGUUGAUGGUUUUAUGUCACCCUUAAAUGUGAUAGUUAAUUUGCUUUAACAUGCCACUUUGUUUUUUAGAUGGCUGAUAACUCCACUUAAAAACAAUGGUUAUUUAACUCCCCAUGAAAAAAGAUUCAACACAGCACUUUCAAGUUUACGACAAAUAGUGGAGCGGGCUAUCUCACUCUUAAAAGGUCGAUGGCGUAAACUAAAGUAUCUUGAUCAUCUUGAUUUGGAACUUGCUGUGCAAAUUAUUAUGGCUGCAUGUGUACUCCACAAUUUUUGUCUAUUACAUGAUGAUUUUGAUAACUAUUUCCUACCAGAUGAUGAGGAUGACAAUCAGCAAGAUGAUGAUGAUAACAACAACCAUGAGAUAAAUGAUGGUGCAGCAGUCCAAAAAUGA